AUGUGCGAUAAUAAUGAUGAAAAAAAAGAUAUUCUUAUUCAAGAAUUAAAAAAUUACAAAAAUAGUGAUAAGAAAUUUCCUGAACUAUUAAAAACUUAUGUGAAAGAAAAUGUCCCAGAUACAAUGGAAGCUGAAAGAUUUUUAAAAGAAUUUAAUGAGUCCUACUUAAAAGAAAUGAAUCUUGAUGACUUGGAAUUACUAUGCUCUUUUAUCUUAAAAAAGAGAGACAUACAAACUUAA